CUGAAGAUGGCACGGGAGCGCGUCCUCGCCAGUCGUCCCAGUAGUGUCAAGAUCCUCGACCGAUACAGAGGAAUGGCAAGAGGUACAUUUAGCGGAAGGCCAAGGCUGUAAAUAUAUGCUUGUCGCCUCCUGCACAUGUGUUCAGUUGUGUGUGAGCGGUCCAGCUGCGACAUCAUCGCUCAGAGAGGUCACCCCUUUGAGUCUCCGUGCUGCCACCUACCUAUAUGUAAAUCAAUAUCUCGGUGCAGUGCAUCUCUCAGGAAAGGUGGUGGUUUUCGAAAGGAGUGGACAUUUAGAAAGGAACCUUAUAAGGAGAUGCGGGGUUUUCGAAAAGGUGCCACUCAAUACGUCAUUUGGGUUAUCGGACGUUAGUCAUGGUCUGCAGAGAUGACAGCAAGGAUUUGGAGUUAAAAAAAUAUAUAUAUUGUGAGCUGUGUCUUUGAAUGUUACCUACCGGUAGCCAUGUUACGUUAGGCUACGUUUUUCGUAAAUGUAGAUAGUAUCUAACGCUAUCAAUCAAAUGUUUAUAAAGCCCUUCUUACAUCAGCUAAUGUCACAAAGUGGUGUACAGAAACCCAGCCUAAAACCCCAAAUGGCAAGAAAUGCAGGUGUAGAAGUACAGUGGCUAGGAAAAACUCCCUAGAAAGGCCAGAACCUAUGAAGAAACCCAGAGGAACCAGGCUAUGAGGGGUGGCCAGUCCUCCUCUGGCUGUGCCGGGUGGCGAUUAUAACAGAACAUGGCCACGAUGUUCAAAUGUUCAUAGAUGACCAGCAUGGUCAAAUAAUAAUAAUCACAGUGUUUGUCGAGGGUGGAACAGGUCAGCACAUCAGGAGUAAAUGUCAGUUGGCUUUUCAUAGCCGAUCAUCCAGAGUAUCUCUACCGCUCCUGCUGUCCCUAGAGAGUUGAAAACAGCAGGUUUGGGACAGGUAGCACAUGCGGUGAACAGGUCAGGAUUCCAUAGCCGCAGGCAGAACAGUUGAAACUGGAGCAGCAGCACGGCCAGGUGGACAGGGGACAGCAAGGAGUCAUCAGGCCGGGUAGUCCUGAGACAUGGUCCUAGGGCUCAUGUCCUCUGAGAAAGAAAGGAAGAGAGAGAGAUUUAGAGAGAGCAUACUGAAAUUUACACAGGACACCGGAUAAGACCCCCCCGGACAGGGCCAAACAGGCAGGAUGUAACAGGGAGGAUAUAACCCCACCCACUUUGCCAAAGCACAGCCCCCACACCACUAGAGGGAUAUCUUCAACCACCAACUUACCAUCCUGAGACAAGGCCGAGUAUAGCCAACAAAGAUCUCCGCCAAGGGUGGGUGCCAACCCGUACAGGAGGACAACAGUGACUCAACCCACUCAAGUGACACACCCCUCCUAGGGACGGCAUGGAAGAGCACCAGUAAGCCAGUGACUCAGCCCCUGUAAUAGGGUUAGAGGCAGAGAAUCCCAGUGGAGAGAGGGGAACCCGCCAGGCAGAGACAGCAAGAGUGGUUCGUUCCUCCAGUUCCUUUCCGUUCACCUUCACACUCCUGGGACAGACGACACUCAAUCAUGGGACCUACUGAAGAGGCGAGUCUUCAAUAAAGACUUAAAGGUUGAGACAGAGUCUGCGUCUCUCACAUGGGUGAAGGAAAUCUCACUGGAGGCCACAGGAGCUUUGUGAAGCCAGCGGGACACAAUACAUGGAGCGAUGACCAACCAAUCACUGUUGAUGAGGGGAGUAGAACCUCAAUCCAGCACGUUAUCAUGAUAGAGUCUGCAGAUACGGAGGCUGCAGGUCCUGGAGGAUUGUCUCUGGUCAAGCUUGAGAGUUCUGGAGGAGAGGAGGACCCACGGCACAGCAGAGACAUUCCUACUGGAGCAGCUGGCGCGCCCCCUGUAGCCAUGGAGAACCCCACCACCCUCCCAGUGCAGCUCAGGACCCGAUGCAGAAUCACGGAGGUCAGUGGAACGCCGAACGCCGUCCUCAAGUCAGAGACUGACACCGAGACUUUAACGCGGCUGGGACAACUCGACUCUCCUCCUGCUCGCUCAGAGUAUUUACUUUAUGGUAACAUGAGCCUGAGGACGGUUCUGCCCCUUCAGGACUCAUGUGACAUGUUACAGACUCAGAAUGACCCGUCCUGUUCAUAUGUUACGGAGACAGAGAUGAUACCUGGUGACAUGCCAUUGGUUUUGGAUACACAGACUAAUCCAAUGAGAGGGGACUGGAACCGGUACAGUAGUAGUGUAUACUCUGAAGGGUGCCUAGAUAAGAAAGGGGAUGAUCUGGUCGUAGAUGAGGUCACUGUGAAAGUGGAGGGUGACCCUUCCUCUGACAUGGAAUGCAGACUUCACUUAGGAGAAGAUCACUCGCAGGGCAACACCAGUGACUUCUUAGACUACAGGGAAAGCUUACAGACAAAUCGAAAUGUUGCGACCCACUCCCCUUUACACACAGUGUCCACAUCGAUGGCACCUUUCGAUUCACACGGCCACAUCCUUUUCGAUCAGGAAUUGAACUCAAACGACAGGGCUAGAGCGCAGGCUCAGGAAGGGGAAGCAACAUCAGACAAUAGUAAAGAGGAACGGUUCCUCUGCAUGUUCUGUAACAAAGGCUUCAGCUGCCCCCAGAAGGUGGAGAUCCACCAGAGGGUCCAUACAGGGGAGAAAUCCUUCAGCUGUACCCAGUGUCACAUGCACUUCGCCAAGGCUGGCAACCUGAAGAGGCACCAUAUGGUCCACACAGGGGAGAAACCCUUUAGCUGUAGCCAGUGUCACAUGCGCUUCGCCCAGGCUGGUGACCUAAAGAGACACCAGCGCGUCCACACAGGGGAGAAACCCUUCAGCUGUAGCCAGUGUCACAUGCGUUUCACCCAGACUGGUGACCUGAAGAGGCACCAGAGGGUCCACAUGGGAGAGAGGCCGUUUGCCAGUACGCACUGUGGGAAGAGGUCCUCAGAGAGGAGCUACCUCAGGAUGCACCAGCAGAUAAACCAUUCCACUCAAUAACAUAAAGUAACCAUUCCACUCGAUAGAUCAAACCCUGAUUUAAAGACAAAUAUACAUUUUCAUUCUUGUAAGCAGAAUAUAUCCACAUAUGCAUUUAGAAUAACGAGAGUAACAGAUUUCAAUGUUGAAUAUUCCUGGGUAAAAUAUUGCAUCCAGACAUUGUGUGGAACACCUUCCUAAUAUUGAGGUGUCGAAAGCGUUCCACCGCAUGCUGGCCAAUGUUGACUUGCUUACCACAGCUGUGUGAAGUUGGCUGGAUGUCCUUUGGGUGUUGGACCAUUCUUGAUACACAUGUAAAUUGUUGAGCGAGAAAAACCCAGCAACGUUGCAGUUUUUGACACACGGUGUGCCUUGCACCUACUACCAUACCCCGUUCAUAGGCACUUAACAUUGUUUUGUCUUGCCCAUUGACCCUCUAAAUGGCACACAUACACAAUCCAUGUCUCAGUUGUCUCGAGGCUUAAAAAUCGUUCUUUAACCUGUCUCCUCCCCUUUUUCUACACUGAUUUUUAAGUAGAUUUAACAAGUGACAUCAAUAAGGGAUCUUAGCUUUCACCUGAUUUCACCUGGUCAGUCCGUCAUGGAAAGUACACUAAUGUUUUGUACACAGUGUAUAUCCACCAUGAUGGGCUUCACAGCAACAGUAAACAUGUCUAGACAGGAGAGAUGCUUGUUCAAACUUUAGAACUUCAGUUGAUUGCUAUAGCGCCCUCAUGAGCCAAUCAGUGUAAUUUUGUAAAUGCCAGGGCCCGGUUUCCCAAAAUGGUUCUGAAGAUGACAAGGAAGAGAGUGGAGAAGAGAAAGAUGCUCGUCACCUUUAUUAAUUCAGCCAUUUACUUAGAUAACUAGCAAGUUAAGCUUAGGCAAAUUGUGUUUUUCACGCAGGAAAUAUCUUGCUGCAUUUUUGUAAACGCAGAUCUAAAAUGCUUUUUGUAAUAUCUGUCAAAUGCAAAAUUGGCUUUAAGCAAAACAUUAGGAAAUGUCGCUGGCUACAUUCUUUCUGUGAUAAACAUUAAACUAUGGCCAUGUAUCACUUUUGCAAAAAAAAAAAAAACCUUGCUUUUUCAUUCUAAGUUAAUUUAUUUGUGUGGCUGCCAGUCAAAUAGCUUUGCACUUCUGUUGUCAUCUGAU